AUGGCGAAAAACAAUGCUUUCACAUUCGAUUCCCUAGAAGCAAAAAUCAUUCAGUUUCAUUUCUGCUCAUCCAAGACACUUCGCCUCAUUAGCUUAGUCCAAAGGCUGAUUGCCGAACUGAAAACCGGUAAUGUGGUGAUUACCAAGGAUGCUGCCGCGUAUCUCAUACUUCAAACCGCGGUGCUUUUCAAUGUUAGUAAGGAAAUAUAUGAGAGAUCUGCAAUUCUUUUAAGAGGAUGCACUUUUAAUCCAUCCCAGCCCAUUAAGCCCGAUUCAUCGGGUUCUGCGAUCAAUUUUGAUUGCAUCGAUAAUAAUCUAAGCGGAAUGAGUCUUCCAGCCAAGAGUUCUCCAUCUACUUUAGACACACUUCAACUUUUCGAGGUCCUCCUAAUAAAUAUGUCGCAUAUAUACGAUGCCAAGCUUAGAAAUGCCGCCAAGUUGCGUUCAAAGAUGUCUGGCAGUGCAGGUGAGGAGGGUUCUCGCUGGAAAGAGAUUGCUCCUAAGGAGAUUCUCAAGUUUCCAGAGCUUUCUUUUGCCGCAACCACUAUAUUGACCACGAAAAACAGUUUGGAAGCAAUACCUAUGUUUUCUGAUGCGUACCGCGAGAUUUUGACCUCACAGAUUGAGCUUAUUAGAACCCAAUUGGCCGAAAUGAUAGAUACAGAUGCUGAUCCGGUUGCCGGAACCUAUUUGAUGCAUCGCCGAUAUCUUCUGAUGCUCAGACUAGCUGAUUUGUACUGCAUAAUAUGCAGAACAGGCCAGAAAAUAUACCGGGACAAUUUCCAGCUUCUCUCGAAGUUUGCCAGAAACGGAAAUGAGGGUCUUCGAAUGGCACUUCAAGGAUUGAGCCGAUGCUUUAUGCGGAAAGGCGGAAACAAGUACCUAAACCGUAUAAUUGAACGAUAUUCGGAAAGUACAGAUGCGUACAAUACGCGCUUGACGUAUCUUGAGGAUUUUUACCAUGCUGAGAUGGAAACCGAGUCGUCAAUCAUGAAAAUGAUCCAGGUGCUGAAAGAUUUAAAAGUGCAGUGGUCCAAAAUAUUGAAGGUGAGCACACAGAGCAGAGCUAUACACUUUAAAGUGGCCGGAAACUUGCCAAAUAGAGCUAGAAGCGUAAGACCACAAAUUCGGUCGCCAAAUUUACAAACUGUAAAAACUGCAAGACCGAAAGCCAACGCAAAUCCUGGAAUAGCGGCAGCGAGGGCUGCCGCAAUAGGAAAUAAGACUCCUCAUAAGAGUGUUGGGCAGAUGUUUCAGCAGAAAAUGUUGAGAGAAGCAAAGGAGGGAAAAAUAAACUUUAGACCAUUGAUAAGAAAUCCAGCACGCACACGCACACAAGGUAAAGCUGUAAAUGGCAAGCGUGUUUCCAGUUAUGGCAGUAUAGUGAAUGGUGUCAACGGUUUGAGUAUUGCCAAGAUGGAAGACAAAGUAGACAAGAAAGAAUGUGAAAACGACAAGUAUAAAGCAAAGAAUGAGCAGAGCAGUCCAGAGAGUGGAGCUCGAGUUGAAAAAAAGGCCGUGAAUGGUGUACUGCACAAGAAAAACGAUACUAAGCAUGGUCUGAGUGGCUUGCAAGUAAAUCAUUUGAGAAAUAAGGGGGAGUGUAUAGGUGAAAAGUUUACAAAAGCAGAAAUUCAAAGCGUAAGUGGAUCAUCCAUUAACUCCAGCAGUGGGAAAAGCAGUCUUAUGAAUAAAAGCAUUUCAAGCAGCAGUAACAGCACUAAACGGCAUACGGAAGAAGUGGGCAACCUUAUCGUCUGUCAUAACGAUGAUAAAGAGUAUGAUGAAGGUGGAAAUUUGGUCAAAAAAGUGAGGUUCAAGGAUGUUCCAGAAUACUCGGAGAAAGAAGACGCACCAACAUCUCAGCAAAUGUCAAAGCAGAUGAAACAGAAAUACCUGAUGUAUCGUCCUCAGAUGAUGCGUGAGACUAAGAUGAUGAACUCUCAAGAAGGCCUUGCAUUUAGAAUGUUCAAGAAUGGGUAUUCUCAAGAGGUGGACGGUUUUUUGGAAAGAGAGUCCGGAAAGAUGUCGAGCCUGCGGCAUUUUAAAGGAGGAGGUCGUCUGUCCCGUCUUUUUGGCAGAAAAUAG